ACAUGUACUGCGGAGCUGGGACAGCAUCACUUCUAGGUAAAUCCUUGUCAAUUUCGGGGCGUGUCACAUCGGACCUACCGUCGCCAAAAUCGUCUUAACUCUGUUUACGCUCUUUCAAUAUGGGCGUUGUGGAAGCCGUGCUCGUAUCGUGCUUGUUCCUAGGCUCAUUGUUGUGCCUAACAUCUGCAGCCAGUCUCAAGAGCAUCGAUGACGAUGCAACAAAAUAUAUUGACCAGAUCAAACGGCAAAUUAGCCCAGAUGUCCUAUCGAAGCUUCCUUUCUGCCAGCGAUAUGACGGGUCUCGGGGGUUCCGUUGCAGUGACGGUGGUUGUGUACGAUUGAGGGAGGUUUGUGAUGGCGCACCAGACUGUACUGACGUCGUCGAAACGGCCGAUGAUGAGGACCCGACGUACUGCUCAGUAAAUAAUCUGGAAGAGCCCUGUAGCACCUACCAGUGUGCUGGUGGCCAAUGUAUCUCAUGGGAAGCAACGUGUGAUGGUGACCCUGAAGACUGUGGCUACACUGGGGAGGACGAGAGCGCAGCACUGUGCGGGGUGACAUGCCCUGGUGACGUCAGAAGGUUCCAUUGUGACAACUCGAUUUGCAUUGAACGAUCCCUGAUCUGCGACCUCCGCUGUAAUUGUGACAACUGCGAUGACGAGGCUGGCUGUGCCUCAUUCACACAUACAUGUGACGACGAUAAGCAGUUCAGAUGUGAUGACGGUACUUGUAUUCUUAACGAACAGCUGUGUGAUGGGAAGACGGACUGUAAAUCGGGCGGAGAGGAUGAAGAAGGCUGUGUGGAUGAAUAUGGAUGCCACAUUCGACGAGAGUUUUACUGCGAAGUGAACUAUAAAUGUCUUCAACGUGAUAGACGGUGUGAUGGUACGGUGGACUGCCCCGGUGGAGAUGAUGAGAAGGCGUGUGGCCUGAAUACGUGCUUCAAAUAUGAGUUCCAAUGCAAGCGUAAGUGCAUCGAGAAAGAAAAACGAUGUGACAAUGUUAUUGACUGUCCAUCGCCGGGUGAAGACGAAUUGGGAUGCAGUCGAGAAUGCACUGAGGAAGAAUUCAAAUGCCUUGACGGGGAAUGCAUCCCUCUCUACCGGGCCUGCGAUGGUUUUGCCUUCGACUGCAAGUCUUACUUCGGUGAGGAUGAGGAGGGGUGUGGUCAGAGAGAAUGUCCUCAAGACUGGUAUUCUUGCUUCAACGGCAGGUGUCUCCCAGAAAACUUUAGGUGCGAUGGCGAACCUGAUUGCAGCUUUGGCGAAGACGAGACCGACUGCGUAGAACCGAUUAUAUCACCUUGUGCACAAGAUGAGUUUAGCUGUGGCAACAGCAUUUGCAUCGCUGAAUCACGGCAUUGCAAUGGCUACAAUGACUGCUAUGAUGGAAUAGAUGAAAAGAACUGCAACAUAGAGUCAUGUCCUACAGGACAGGUUGAUUGUGGCAACAACUAUUGUGUUGUUGGAGCCAGAUGUGAUGGAGUAUCUGACUGCAGCAACGGACAAGACGAAAGUGGAUGUCCACCUACAAUAGUUACAUGUCCCGCAGGGCGUAUUGAUUGUGGCACUAACUAUUGUGUUGUUGGAGCCAGAUGUGAUGGAGUAUCUGACUGCAGCAACGGACAAGACGAAAGUGGAUGUCCACCUACAAUAGUUACAUGUCCCGCAGGGCGUAUUGAUUGUGGCACUAACUAUUGUGUUGUUGGAGCCAGAUGUGAUGGAGUAUCUGACUGCAGCAACGGACAAGACGAAAGUGGAUGUCCACCUACAAUAGUUACAUGUCCCGCAGGGCGUAUUGAUUGUGGCACUAACUAUUGUGUUGUUGGAGCCAGAUGUGAUGGAGUAUCUGACUGCAGCAACGGACAAGACGAAAUCGGAUGUCCACCAACAAUAGUUACAUGUCCGGCAGGGCGUGUUGAUUGUGGCAACAACUACUGUGUCGUUGGUAGCAAAUGUGAUGGAGUAUCUGACUGUAGCAACGGACAAGACGAAAGUGGAUGUCCACCUACAACAAGUACAUGUCCUGAAGGGCGUGUUGAUUGUGGCACCGACUAUUGUGUUUUUGGAGCCAGAUGUGAUGGAGUAUCUGACUGCAGCAACGGACAAGACGAAAUUGGAUGUCCACCUACAAUAGUAACAUGUCCGGCAGGGCGUGUUGAUUGUGGCAACAACUACUGUGUCGUUGGUAGCAAAUGUGAUGGAGUAUCUGACUGCAGCAAUGGACAAGACGAAAGUGAAUGUCCACCUACAACAAGUGCAUGUCCUGAAGGGCGUGUUGAUUGUGGCAACAACUACUGUGUCGUUGGUAGCAAAUGUGAUGGAGUAUCUGACUGCAGCAACGGACAAGACGAAAGUGGAUGUCCACCUACAACAAGUACAUGUCCUGAAGGGCGUGUUGAUUGUGGCACCGACUAUUGUGUUUUUGGAGCCAGAUGUGAUGGAGUAUCUGACUGCAGCAACGGACAAGACGAAAUUGGAUGUCCACCUACAAUAGUAACAUGUCCGGCAGGGCGUGUUGAUUGUGGCAACAACUACUGUGUCGUUGGUAGCAAAUGUGAUGGAGUAUCUGACUGCAGCAAUGGACAAGACGAAAGUGAAUGUCCACCUACAACAAGUGCAUGUCCUGAAGGGCGUGUUGAUUGUGGCAACAACUAUUGUGUCGUUGGUGGCAAAUGUGAUGGAGUAUCUGACUGCAGCAACGGACAAGACGAAAGUGGAUGUCCACCUACAAUAGUUACAUGUCCCGCAGGGCGUAUUGAUUGUGGCACCAAUUAUUGUGUUGUUGGAGCCAGAUGUGAUGGAGUAUCUGACUGCAGCAACGGACAAGACGAAAGUGGAUGUCCACCUGCAAUAGUUACAUGUCCGGCAGGGCGUGUUGAUUGUGGCAACAACUACUGUGUCGUUGGUAGCAAAUGUGAUGGAGUAUCUGACUGCAGCAACGGACAAGACGAAAAGGGCUGUUCAUUCAGUUGUAGAUCUCGAGGAGACUGUGAAUUCUUUGCUGAGGCUGUGGAAUCUCUUGAGCAACGAGUGACAAAAUUAGAACAAUUAGUUUUACAUUUAGAGAACAUACUGGUUUACCUUCAAGAUCAGAUUGACUACCUCUUUGCUUCACAGCAAUAUUAUGCACAUGGGGCUGAUGACGAGGAACAGGUGGAUAGUAAUCAUCUUGAUGAAGCAGAUCUUUCAAAUACAACAUCUACCAAUGCAUCAGAAGAUACCACAUUGUCAGUGAAUACAUCGGCACCAGGGUCGUCGGAAACGACAUCUCUGCCAGCAACUUCAGCACCUGACACCAAGGAACCCGUAGCUCAGCAGUACGUCGAGUCUGCGUCUGAUACAUCAACAGGUAAAGAGUCUGUUCCAGCAACAGUUCCAGCAUCUACCAAUGCAUCAGAAGAUACCACAUUGUCAGUGAAUACAUCGGCACCAGGGUCGUCGGAAACGACAUCUCUGCCAGCAACUUCAGCACCUGACACCAAGGAACCUGUAGCUCAGCAGUACGUCGAGUCUGCGUCUGAUACAUCAACAGGUAAAAGUCUGUCAGCAACAGUUCCAGCAACAACAUCUACCAAUGCAUCAGAAGAUACCACAUUUUCAGUGAAUACAUCGGCACCAGGGUCGUCGGAAACGACAUCUCUGCCAGCAACUUCAGCACCUGACACCAAGGAACCUGUAGCUCAGCAGUACGUCGAGUCUGCGUCUGAUACAUCAACAGGUAAAGAGUCUGUUCCAGCAACAGACACAACAUCUACCAAUGCAUCAGAAGAUACCACAUUGUCAGUGAAUACAUCGGCACCAGGAUCGUCGGAAACGACAUCUCUGCCAACAACUUCAGCACC